UCAUAUACAAAACUUACUUAACAUCUUAUGUCUUUCUUGACAUUGUCACAUUCACAUACCUUGUUGGCCUAAGAUACCCUCUCUUCCUUCAACUCCAAUCAAACCAUUCAUUCAAUUCUAUUCAAUCUUCUUUACUCCUACACUAUAACCCCACCACCACCCUCAUAAUUUUAUUCAUCAAAUUCAAGUCUCCACCCCCAACCAAAAAAAAAAAAGCACCCUCAUUAUCUUGCCCUUCAAUCCAAUAAACUAUUCUAAAAUCAUUCAUCAAACAUAAACAACAAUCAAGUCUCACCUUACUAUAUAUGCUCGAUUAUAUGAAUUAGACAGGGCAUUAAAAAUCUAUAACAAUUAGUUCCUACGAAGAAAACUCGAUUGCUGAGGUAAGAGAAACUUCAAAAAAAUAAAUAUAAAUUAGAAGAUUCAAAGUUUAAAUAACAAAAACUAACACAUUUUCUAAAUAUUUCUUAGUCGUGCCUAUAAUAUAUAUUUCUAUUGCUUCUUUACCUCUUCGAUUAAAUCAAUUGUCUUCUAUUUAUCUGAUUGACCCUCUUUACUGUACAAUUAUUCAUUAAACCUAAUCCGAAAAAUCGAACCUCUAAACCCCACCACUCCAUUCUACAAUAUAAUCAUAUUCAUAAUCAUAUUUUCAUACAAGUAUUUGAUUAGGUAAAUCCAUGAAGACAUCCCAUAAGAAUUGACAAUUUUUCCUAUGAUUUAACAUUUGUGUCUUCUUUUGUCAAAAAAAAAAAAAACAUUUGUGUCUUCUAGUGUAACACCUGGCAACAACAACCCACAACUCCGUGUCAAAAUAACCAACAUUAUAGUCAACAAACUCACAAAAUGUUGCAAAAACUAAGAAAAAAAUUAAUCACAAACCUUAGCAUAAGAGGAUUGAACAAAAAACCAAAACCCUCCAAACCCUAUAAAACCUAUGAAACUGAAACCUCGUCAACACAACCACCACAACAACCUCAAUUAACACUACCACCACCACCAUCACCAUCACCACCACCAUUUCAACCACCAUCUCCAACAAUGCAUCAUCUAACCAAAAAGAACAAACCUUUUCUAUUCCCACAAACAAAUUCCACUGUUCUCCCUGACCCCUCCAACUUCUUCUCCCCAAAUCUGCUAUCUACACCCCUCCCCACAAACUCUUUCUUCCAAAACUUUGUUCUCAAAAAUGGUGACCAACCUGAAUACAUUCAUCCAUAUCUCAUCAAAUCAUCAAAUUCAUCACUUUCUGUUUCAUACCCAUCUCGUUUUUGCAACUCUUCUUUCACAUAUCAAGUUUUCAACCCUGAUUUAACCAUCUCCUCCAUAGAAAAAACCAACCCUUUUUCACAUUUGAGUCAUAAAAUCUCUUCUUACAAUGAUCUCAGUGUUACUUUGGAUAUUCCUUCUUCAAAUUUGAGAUUUUUCCUUGUUAGGGGAAGUCCCUUUUUGACAUUCUCUGUAACACAACCAACACCUCUUUCAAUCACUACAAUCCAUGCAAUUCUCUCUUUUACUUCCAAUGAUUCUCUUACAAAACAUACUUUUCAGUUUAACAAUGGUCAAGUUUGGAUUUUGUAUGCUUCUUCACCUAUCAGGUUAAGUCAUGGUAUUUCUGAGAUUGUUUCUGAGGCAUUUUAUGGUGUGAUUCGGAUAGCUGUGUUGCCGGAUUCUGAUUGGAAACACGAGGAUGUUCUUGACAGGUUUAGUUCUUGUUAUCCUGUUUGUGGUGAUGCUGUUUUUGCAAAACCAUUUUCUGUUGAGUAUAAAUGGGAGAAGAAAGGUUGGGGUGAUUUGUUAUUGUUAGCACACCCUCUUCAUCUUCAGCUUUUAUCUGAUAAUGAUUAUAAUAAUGUUACUGUUUUGAAUGAUUUUAAGUAUAAAAGUAUUGAUGGUGAUCUUGUUGGUGUUGUUGGUGAUUCAUGGAUUUUGAAAAGUGAUCCUGUUUCUGUAACUUGGCAUUCUACCAAGGGUGUGAAAGAAGAAUCUCAUGAUGAAAUUGUUUCUGUUCUUUUGAAAGAUGUUGAUGGUUUGAAUUCAUCUGCAAUAACAACAAAUUCUUCUUACUUUUAUGGUAAAUUGAUUGCUAGAGCUGCUAGGUUAGCAUUGAUAGCUGAAGAGGUUUGUUUCCUUGAUGUGAUUCCGAAAAUUAGAAAGUUUUUGAAGGAAACUAUUGAGCCUUGGCUUGAUGGAACUUUUAAUGGAAAUGGAUUUCUAUAUGAUAGGAAAUGGGGAGGGAUUGUAACCAAACAAGGGUCUACUGAUACCGGUGCUGAUUUCGGGUUUGGAAUUUAUAAUGAUCAUCAUUAUCAUUUAGGAUACUUUCUCUAUGGAAUUGCUGUGCUUGCUAAGAUUGAUCCGAUUUGGGGUAGAAAGUAUAAGCCUCAAGCUUACUCACUCAUGGCAGAUUUUAUGAACUUGAGUAGAAAUCCAAACUCGAAUUACACCCGACUAAGGUGUUUUGAUCUUUUUAAAUUGCAUUCAUGGGCCGGAGGGUUAACCGAGUUUGGAGAUGGACGAAAUCAGGAGAGUACUAGUGAAGCUGUGAAUGCAUAUUAUUCAGCAGCUUUGAUGGGAUUGGCAUACGGUGAUACUCAUCUUGUUGCAAUCGGAUCAACACUUACCGCAUUGGAAAUUCAUGCAGCUCAAAUGUGGUGGCAAGUAAAAGGUGGAGAUAAUGUUUACGACGAAGAAUUUGCAAAAGAGAAUAAGGUGGUUGGGGUUCUUUGGGCUAACAAAAGGGACAGUGGUUUAUGGUUUGCUCCUGCUGAUUGGAAAGAGUGUCGACUUGGGAUUCAACUUCUACCAUUGUUGCCUAUUUCUGAAGUUCUGUUCUCAAAUGUUGAUUACGUGAAGGAACUUGUGGAGUGGACAUUACCGGCUUUGAAUAGGGAAGGUGUUGGAGAAGGAUGGAAAGGGUUUGUGUAUGCAUUGCAAGGAAUUUAUGAUAAUGAAAGUGGAUUACAGAAGAUAAGAAGCUUGAAUGGUUUUGAUGAUGGAAACUCAUUGACUAAUCUGUUAUGGUGGAUUCAUAGUAGAGGUAAUGAAGAUGAGGAGUUUGGUCAUGGAAAACAUUGCUGGUAUGGUAAUUACUGUCAUUAGGAGUAUUUGUUAAUGGUUUCAAAUGAUUCUGAGGAAUUAAGUUAUAAUAAAGUUCCUGCAUUGUAUUUAUUUAUGUAGUUAACAGAUGUAUGUUUCUUAUGAUUUCCUUGUGAAUAAAGUGUGUUGUGUUUGCUUUUGAAUUCA